UAUUGUGAUUCGCCAAACCUAUCAGUCAUGUGUAUUUUUUUCUGUCACAGCGGCGCCGUUUUAAAUUUUGCGAAAAAUAAAAUAUGAAUAAUGUAGACAAAAACUAGAUUGUUAACAACUCUAACCUUUUUGUGACUCAUACCUAUACUAUGAGAUAUCUUUUUUACUAAAUUGCAAUUUCUUUACCGUGUAAUAAUGGCACGUUUCCUGUCUCAAGAUAAAUUGGAAGGAUUUGAAAAAUAUAAGUAUAAUUCAAUCGACACAAGUGUGCUCAGUAAAUAUGUUAUGCACCCAUUUUGGGAUUGGUGUGUCCAGUUUUGCCCACGUUGGGUUGCGCCAAACCUGCUUACAUUUGCUGGAUUCUUACUGACAGUAUUAAACUUCCUGCUAUUUUCUUACUUUGACUAUGGAUUUAAUGCUCUGACAAAAGAUAAUAAAACAGAUGAUUAUAUUCCAAGCUGGGUUUGGGCAUUUUCAGCUAUAAAUUUAUUUGUAGCAUAUACAUUAGAUGGUAUAGAUGGCAAGCAGGCCCGCCGGACAGGUACAAGCGGGCCCCUCGGCGAAUUAUUUGAUCAUGGACUAGACUCUUACUCCGCGGUUCUUAUACCCACAUGUCUUUACAGCAUAUUUGGAAGGGAUGAGUUGAGCCCACUGCGAUUUUUCUUCGUAAUAUGGAACAUCUUCAUUAAUUUCUACCUCACUCAUUGGGAGAAAUAUAAUACUGGUGUCAUGUUCCUCCCUUGGGGCUAUGAUUUUACUAUGAUUGGUUCAUGUAUCCUUCUACUCGUUACAUCCGUAAUUGGGCCCCAGGCGUGGCAUGUGGCCCUCCCAGGCGGACUCACUCCAGGCAUCAUUUUUGAAGUCACACUUUACCUCUCCGCCAUGCUGACAAGCCAGACUGUUAUACUGUGGAAUAUAUAUAAGUCAUACAGAGAUAAAACCGGCAAAAUGCGAUCCUUAACUGAAACGAUUCGGCCAUUGAUUCCACUAGCUGUGUUUUUCGUGCUUAGCAGCAUCUGGGCUCUCUACUCACCAACAGAUAUCAUACAUCGAGGCCCGAGACUUUUCUAUGUACUCACUGGAACUAUAUUCUCAAAUAUCAAUUGUCGUCUAAUCGUAUCACAAAUGAGCGACACACGUUGUGAUAUAUUCAACAGUCUUCUAGUGCCGUAUGCGUUGGCAAUGGCCGUUGUAUUCUACUGGAGGGUUUCGCCCAUGACCGAACUUAUACUUCUCAGCUCCUUAUGUAUGGCGUGUUCAUGGGCACAUAUCAGCUAUGGUACUAAAGUGGUACGAGAAAUGUGCGAUCACUUCAAAAUUGCAUGUUUCCACAUAAAGCCAAAGAAUUAAUUUGUGAUUUUUAUCUCGUCUUGUCGUAGAUUAGUAGGAAAAUUUCUAGAUCUGACUUUGAUCUUAUAUUUUUUUAUGUCAAUGAUUCUUAUUAUGGUCAAUAAUUUAUAUUGAUUUCAGAGAAAAGACAAAAAUUGCUUUUAUUUAUAAUUGUCGUCCUAGAUGGCAUUGAACUUACAAUUUUUUGUGUAUGAUUUAGUAAUCUAUUUGAGGUAGAAAUCAUUUUUUUUAGUUCUCCCAGGUACUAUCACCAUUAUUCAUAAAAACUUAAUCAGCAGUAGUAUUGCACAAUUUUUAUUGAAGUUUUACUUACAUUGAAAAUAGUGUGAUUAUACUGAUUUAUUUUUAUGAAGAAUUAGGUGUGGAAACUAUUUGUUUCUUACAUUGGAAGUACUAUCUUAAUUGCUUUUAUUAUAUUUAUACAUUAUUACACUAAAUAGAUGUCACAGAUGGCAUUGUGUCAUAAUUAUUAAAAUACCAGUAAAAUAUUUUCUCUAAAUACUUGAUUUAAAUUAUUGAUCAAAGUUACAAGCUGAUAUCCUAUAUUGUUAUAUACUUUGGAGUUUUUACAUUUUCCUACAUAAAUUUAUGUUUUGUGAUUUUGAUAAUUCAAAUUAUAGUGUUAUGUAAUUUAUAUGUUAUUCCAAAGAUAGGUAAGGUUUAAUAUGCAUUUUGGGGAUUCCUAUUUUAUAAUAAGCAAAGGUAUAUGUACCUCUAAUUAAUAAUAUUUUAAUUAUAUACUUAAUAACUUAUGAUGGCCAUUGUGAUUUUAAAUGGAUAAAAUUUUUUAGUGCCCACACACUUAAACGUAAUAUAUACCAUCUAAAAAAAUUGAGUUCCUCUAAAACUUGCAAAAUCAUUUAUUUUAUGUUUUACAACCUGAGAAUUUAUUUGAAAUGUUAAUCACUAUCAAUGACAGCUACUAGUAUUUUAGGUUUACUAAAUAUUAUUGUUUCCACUCAUGUCAUUGUUUCAAGCUGAUAAUUGAAAUAGGCAUUUAUUUAAAAACAAACAAGUAAUAUUAUAUCUAGUCUAUGGUUGCCAAUCAAAAUUAUAUUUAAAGUGGUAGAAAAGGUAGUGUCAUUUAAUUUUAAAUGGUGUGAGUAAAUAUACCUAAAUAUUAUCUUAAGUAUAUUUUUAGUUAGUUUUCACCAUUUCUACAUAAAUGAAAAUGUAAUUAAGAUAUUUCCCGAUAAGUUAUUUGAGUUGCCAGUACUGUGUAAUAUUUUAGAUUAAGCUGGGAAGAAUGUGUAUAUUUUUCUAUUUGUUUGUGCUCAACAUUCUGUACCUGUUAUUUUAAGUUUUCAUUGUAACUAAAAUUAUUUUCUAAACAUGCUUGUCAAACAUUGUUUUAAUUAUGUAGACCUUGUUAUUAUAUAACAUGUAUUUAUAUGAAA